AUGGCCACGCCGGUCCUCCUGGUCAUCCCCUUCCUGUGCACCACGGCGCUGACUGCCGACACCUGUCCAGAGGUGAAGCUGCUGGGUGUGGAGGGCUCCGACAAGCUCACCAUCCUCCGAGGCUGCCCAGGGCUGCCCGGAGCCCCAGGGCCCAAGGGGGAGGCGGGCGCCCGCGGAGAGAGAGGAGAACGAGGUCCCCCGGGAGCCCCUGGGAAGGCAGGACCACCCGGGCCCAAAGGGGACGCUGGGCAGUCUCAGUCCUGUGCCACAGGCCCGCGGACCUGCCAGGAGCUGCUCGGCCAGGGCCACCUCCUGAGCGGCUGGCACACCGUCUACCUGCCCGACUGCAGGCCCCUGGCCGUGCUCUGCGACAUGGACACGGACGGAGGGGGCUGGACCGUUUUCCAGCGGAGGGUGGAUGGCUCCGUGGACUUCUAUCGGGACUGGGCCUCGUACAAGCAGGGCUUCGGCAGUCAGCUGGGGGAGUUCUGGCUGGGGAACGACAACAUCCACAGCCUGACCGCCCAGGGAACCAGCGAGCUCCGCGUGGACCUUGUGGACUUCGAGGGCACGCGCCACUUUGCCAAGUACAGCUCGUUUAAGGUGGAGGGCGAGGAAGAGAAGUACAAGCUGGUCCUAGGCGCCUUCAUCGAGGGCAGCGCGGGUGAUUCUCUGACAUACCACAACAACUACCCCUUCUCCACCAAAGACCAAGACAACGACAUUGCUGGUGGAAAUUGUGCUGUGAAGUACCACGGAGCCUGGUGGCAUGUCUCUUGUCACUGGUCAAACCUAAAUGGUCUCUACCUUGGGGGGUCUCACGGGAGCUUUGCGAAUGGCAUCACCUGGAAGUCGGGGAAAGGGUACAACUACAGCUACAAGGUGUCGGAGAUGAAGGUGCGGCUCACUAGCUUGGGGCUCUGAUCAGGAGGUCCCCACGCAUGCUGGCAGGAGGGGGAAUAUCCCCGAGCCUUCAAAAGGAAGGAAACAUGGGGAUCUUGGCCACUGUCCUGGUGGGAGGCAAGGAGCCUCAACCCGUUACUGUGGGCUGUGACCCACAGAGCUCUGGCUGAGGGCCACUGGCACGCCAGACCUCACAGCAACACGUCACCAAUAAAGACGACUGCUUGCCUCACAGACGAACACAGUACACCUUUGUCAUUGCGUUGCCCCGUCACUGGUCACGCC